AUGUCGGGCCAGACUUUGACGGAUCGCAUCGCCGCGGCGCAGCACAGCCUAACGGGGUCCGAGGUGUCCCGGGCGGUAUGCAAGGCCACCACUCACGAAAAAGACGCUCCCAAAAAGAAACACCUCGAAUACCUGAUCCAGGCCACACAGGAGUCCAACGUCAACAUCCCACAGAUGGCCGACACACUCUUCGAGAGGGCCGGCAACGCCAGCUGGGUCGUGGUCUUCAAGGCCCUGGGAACCACGCAUUACCUUAUGGUCCAUGGCAACGAGAGGUUUAUCCAGUUCCUGGCCUCCAGAAACACCCUGUUCAACCUCAGCAACUUCCUGGACAAGACCGGAUCCCAGGGCUACGACAUGUCAACAUUCAUCAGACGUUACAGCCGCUACCUGAAUGAGAAGGCCUUCGCCUACAGGCAGAUGGCAUUUGACUUUGUCCGUGUGAAGAAAGGUGCUGAGGGUGUGAUGAGGACGAUGGCUACAGACAAGCUGUUGAAAGGCAUGCCCACCCUGCAGGGCCAGAUUGACGCGCUGCUGGAGUUUGACGUUCAUCCACAAGACCUGAAGAAUGGUGUCAUCAACAACUGUUUCCUACUGCUUUUCAAAGACCUAAUCAAGCUGUAUGCCUGCUACAAUGAUGGCAUCAUCAAUCUUCUAGAGAAGUUUUUCCAGAUGAAGAAGGGUCAGUGUAAAGAUGCCCUGGAGAUUUACAAGAGGUUCCUCACACGGAUGACCAGAAUUACAGAGUUCCUCAAAAUCGCAGAGCAAGUGGGCAUUGACAAAAAUGACAUACCAGAGCUAACACAGCUGCCCGAGAGCCUGCUGGAGUCCCUAGAAACCCAUCUCAACACACUGGAGGGCAAGAAAGUGUAAGUACAGGAUAAGGCGCCGGCGACCAAUAACGGCUCAGCGGCGGGCACUCCGGUGAAGACAUUGGAUAUUCCCGCGGGUGCUGCUGCUGCCGCCUCUGCUCCCAGCCCCACCGGCCCCCGACCGGCCAGACCUGCCCCUCCGGCGGCCGCCGCUGUAUCAGCCGCUGCUGCCGCCACCGCUGCAGCCACCGCAAGCUUGUCUAAUGACCUGGUGGACUUUGACCUGCUGGCUCCAGCAGCAAGCUCAGGACCUCCAACAUCCUCUUGGGGAGAUCUCCUGGGCGGGGACUCCCUGACUGCACCUGCUGCCACUAGCUCCACUGAGCCUGCCACAGACUCCGCCCCUGACACGGCUGCCACGCCCACAGCCGCCCUCAAUGGCCAAUCAGAGGCGGCUUCCGCCCCUGCCUCAGCUGCGUCACUCCCCGUGCCCGCCCCAGCGGCCUCCAUCUCCGAAAUGGACCUGUUCGGAGACGCGUUUGCUCCCUCCCCUGGCGAAGGCCCGCCCACUGGGGGCGGAGUAGCUGCUGUUGAUGCAUGUGCCGGAUCUGACCCCUUCGCCCCGUCAGAAGGGAGUGCAGCCAUGGCCCCAGAGAUGGACCUCUUUGCCAUGGGGGCGUUCGACAGCGGCCCCGCCGUCGGUGCGGUUACUAGUCCCACGGCUGCUGCUGCUGGUGCUAGUGCUGGUGCUGGCGCUUCCGAGCUCCCCAUCUCCUCUCCUCCCGGCGCUGCCGCUGCGGCUACCGUUGCUGGCGGUGAGGAUGUUACUGGGGCUGAUGCUGAGGACGCUGCUUCCCCGCCUGACUCCAGCACCACAGCGGUUGCUGCUGCCUCUGCUGUCUCCCCCACCACCGCCACAGCCUCCGACCCUGCUGCUGCUGCUGCUGCUGGCACGGCCACCGCUGCUGCCCCUGCUGCCCCUGCCUCGGCUCCUACUCUAGACCUGUUUGGUGAUAUGUUUGAUUCUAUGCCUGAGCAACCCUCCCCCUCAGCAUCCAAAGCAGACGCUACUCCUAGCAUAGGCCUGUUUGGCGCAGAUCUCCCAGCAGUGUCCCGUGGCCCCUCCCCUCUGCCCCCUGAGGCCAACGUCACUGGGGACCUACUAUCAGAUCUGUCUCCGGCGGCCCCUGUAGCAGCUCCACUAGGUGUACUAGGUGGUUCCCUGGAUGCCUCUUCUCCCCCCAAACCAGACGCCGGGGGCCCAGUGCUUGACCUCCUUGACACAUUUGGGGACUCUGGCGGAGACCUUCAGCUUGCUGCACCAUCCUCUGCAGCGGCGGACCUACUGGGAGGAUUGAGUCCCUCGUUGGCCCCGAGUGAGGCCCCGUCUCUGGCCCCCGCCCUAGCUCCAGCUUCAGCCGCUAGCGACCUGCUGGAUUCUGCUGGGGACCUGCUGGCCGGUACUGACACGGCACCUGCCUCCACUGCGCCAUCUGGUGGUAGCUUUGAUGCCUCAGGGGAUCUCUUAGGGGACCUGCUCAUGCCCGCAGUUACCCCCCAGAGCACCGGAGGCACGCCCAUGGCCCCCGCCACCCCGACUCCCGCGCCAUUAGCCCCCAUGGUGCCGCUAGCCCCACUAGCGCCCCUAGCCCCACUAGCGCCCCUAGCUCCCCUAGCCCCGGGCGUAGCACCGUUAGCACCGGGAUUAGCUCCGUUAGUCGGAGCACCAUUAGUGCCUGCUGCUGGAGCACCACUAGCUCCAGGGCUUCUGGCCUCAGCUCCAGCCUCAGCUCCAGCCUCGGCCCCUGCUGCAGCUGCGGCAGGCCCACCUGCCAAGCCCAUCGGAGGAGACCUGGAGUCAUCCCUGGCUAACCUGGUUGGAAACUUGGGAGUUGGACCUCAGAAGAAGGACCAGCAGUGGAGCGAGAAGAAGCUGACAGGCGGGGCCAACUGGACUCCACAAGUUGCCCCGAGCAGUUGGGGAACCCCUGGUGCUCCUAUGGCUGGUGCUCCUCCUACCCCUCCUGCUGGAGCCAUGCAGUCCUUUGUCAUGCCUCCAGCUGCGGCCCCUGGUGCUCCGAUGAUGCCCCCGAUGGGAGCGCCCAUGAUGGGUCAGCCCAUGAUGAGACCCCCUUUCGCUGGAACACCCCCUGCUACAGGAGCACCGAUAUCUCCUGGGCCUGCCGUCCAGAGCCCCAAGAAGCCUAAAGAUCCCCUGGGCGACCUCAACUUCAAGGACUUCAUGUGAUCUCCCAGAUUCUGUUUCUUUCGUCAGGAUUGGAUUGGAGUGGAGUGGAUUGCAUUUGCCUGGUCUCUGCGGACAAACUCUCUGCCCCCACAAUCUUCAAUGUGAAAACGAGUCC